AUGACUACAAGUACAAGCCCUUCAAUCAAACUGCGCUUCGUCAACGACGAUGAAAUCCGUAACCUCAAUGCAGAACACGCAGCUAAGCAUCGACGCUGCUUAUUCUCUGACACACAACGACGACAAAUGAGCGAUGAGCUCAUUGAUGCAGUUGUGGCUCAGGACCAAGAUCCGGGUCAGUUUAUGUUGGACUUGGAGCAGGACUGCCUAGAGACGUAUCCGAAAGCAUCACAAUCUUUUGAGGUAUUUCGAGGACCUUUUGGGGUUGCUAGGUGGUUGGGAUCGGUAGAGGAAGUUCACGAUGGGGAUAGUGAACUAAUUGGUUUCGAUGCCACUGACGGUGAGGAGCCAGAUGAAGACUUGACACGAUGGCUUCUGGAUACGAGUCCUGGGGAUAAUAUUAGGAGCACCGAGGAUAUGUUUGUCGACUUGUUGCCAGUUUCUCCAAUCCCACAGACAAGUCCACCACGAGUGAACGAAUCUCUUAAUGAUAUUGACUUGGGCACGCCCAUAUCACUGGACAACCAUCGCAUGACCUUCUCAAUUAAUGAAGACCCAAAAGCUUGGUUACUCCUCUCAUACUAUCGUGAUCGAAUUAUUCGUCUCAUAUCCCUCUGCCAGCAACAACAUCCGCAACAUGACGAGGUUAAUGAUCCAUGGAGCAACCUAGUCAUGCCAUGCGCCAUGACAACAAUGGCAGAACUAACAAUUGGAGGAUCGGCAAACAAUGCGCGUCUAGCACUCUUGAGUGCUCUUCUAGCUACCAGUGCAUUUCAUCUCCAGAAUUCGUCCACCACCUUAACAGCUGAGGAAUGGAUGGUAGCCGGGGAAGAGUAUACGGCGCGAGCAAGGGGAUAUCUUGAGACUUGUCUUGGGAUGGACAAGAGCAAAUGCAAGUAUAAAGAAGUGCUAAUGGCGAUAUUGUGUUUGGCAAAUACUUUUAUGGUCAAAGGAGAUCCGGAUACACGGUUAACGUAUCUACUUUAUGCUGAGCGAUUCAUCCGCGCCAAUGGUUUCAAUAAGCCAACCCUUUCCCGGAAACGUCGCACUCUGCAUCACUACUAUGCUUACAUGCGUAUAAUGGCCGAAACAACCAGAUCAAGUGGCCAUCUUCCCAGCACAGCUUCUCCAAGCGCGGACAAAGGAAGUGAAGAUGACAAUGAUCAAUUCCGCGUAUGUCGCUGGACAUCCCUUUCAGAAAGCAUGAUGGGCAGGGAGAAAGACCCCGACACAGCCAGACGCGAUCUUCACCUCGAGGUUCCCGGGAACUGGACAUCAACGCUCUUCCCGGAGCUGUAUGGUAUUGCAGAGUCGUUUCUAUUAUUGCUCUCACAGGUGAUCCGACUCGCGAAUGAGCGGGACUUGGCCAUGGACCAAGACGAAAACCUCAGUUUGAAAGAAUUUACACUUCGAGCUAAGGCGUUGGAGAAGAGCAUCUACCGACUUAUUUCUUCAUCUGCGUGCGGACCUGUGUCUUCGCCAUCUGCGUCAUCUACUUCCACAUCGACGGCAGAUGAAAAUGCGAUGCAGGCAAUGUACACCGCACUCCUCAUCUUCUUCUACCGCCGCGUACACAAUGUCGAUGUCAUGCUGCUGCAGCGCGAAGUCCUCACCGUCCAGGACUACUUGAUGCAGAUCGAGCAAGCCCAAGACAGUACCAGAGGGAAUGGACGGAUGGUGGCGCUUAUGUGGCCCGCUUUUGUGGCGGCUUGUGAGGCGCUUCUACCCGAAACGCAGGGAUACUUUGCAGAGUGGUUUGAGGAAUUGUUUGCGAAGACGGGGCUAGUGUCUGUUUCGUUAGCGAAGGGGGUAUGUGAGUUUGUCUGGGCGAGACGCAGGGAACAGGACGGAUUGAGUUGGCCGGAGGUGUUACGGAAUAGGGGAGUCAAGGCCCUGUGUACAUAA